AUGUCCUCAAAUCAUGUAGACAUAUUUCAUUUAGAUUUAAUACUAGAAAAACUAGAAAACAAAGCUAUUCUCCCGUAUUUUGGUAUUCAUCCAUGGUAUAGUCAUUUGUUUACUGAUCUCAAGUUAGAAGAGUUUGAGAACGAACAAGAAUUGAAGAAAAAUCAUUACGAAUCGGUGCUAGAUCCUAAACCGUCCUCCGAAUUGUUGGAAAUACUACCAAUUCCAAUAAGCAUCUACUCACAUAUUGAGGAAAUACGGAGACUCGCCACUAAGUAUCAGGAGAGGGGAUUUUCUGUUGGAAUUGGAGAAAUUGGGUUAGAUAAACUAUUUAGAAUUCCGCUGAACGGCUACUUUGGCAAUCAGAAACUCACUCUCGAUGAUAGCCUGAAUAAGCUAUCUGCCUGUAGAGUUAAAAUGGAACACCAAACAAACAUAUUUGCAAGACAAUUGAUGUUGGCUAGUAGUAUGAAGAAGCCUAUUUCUUUACAUUGUGUCAAAGCACAUGGGUUAUUAUAUGACGAAGUAACUAGUAGAAAAGGACUAGAUGGUAUAUCUUCUGUUAUUCUUCAUUCUUACUCGGGUUCUCUUGAUCAGGCAUCUUUAUGGAUACGGCAUUUCUCAAAGACCAAUCGACAGUUAUAUUUUUCGCUUUCAAAUUGGAUUAAUGGUUCUGACAAGAAACAAGAUUUUUUGAAAGACCUCGUCAAAUUACUCGGAGAUGAUCAAAUACUACUAGAGACUGAUGUUGGUAUAGAUAGAUAUCUACUAGAUCCUCAAAAACGAGAAGAUUAUUUCAAUCAGUUUAAACAGAUUUUCCAAAAAAUUUGCUCAAUUAAAGAAUGGGAGGAGGAUAGUGCUAAAGAAAUUAUAUUCGUCAAUUGGAACAAAUCUAUUGCCUAA